AUGCGAUCCCUUUCCAUCAUCGCUGCAGCGACUGCUGUAGCAGCAUUUCCUCAACAGUACCAGCAACCUCCUACCCACGGCGGCGGCAACGAUGGAAAGCCCAGCUAUGUAGGGACCGGAGAGUCAGCACAAGAACGCCAGGAACGCUCCGCAGCCGUAAAGGAAAUGUUCGAGUUCGCCUGGAACGGCUACUACAGAUACGCAUUUCCCAACGACGAGUUACAGCCUGUGAACAACAGCUUCAGCAACUCCCGUAAUGGAUGGGGUGCUUCGGCUGCUGAUGCACUUUCUACUGCGUUGGUUAUGGAGAGUGGCGAGAUUGUCAAUCAGAUUGUGAACUAUGUUCCAAGUAUUGACUGGAGUGUGAGCAAAGAUGAUGAGGCAGUGAGCUUGUUUGAGACGACGAUCAGAUACCUUGGUGGAUUGCUUUCUGGAUAUGAUCUUCUGACGGGGCCACUCAAGGAGCUGGUCGAUGAUGAGAGUAAAGUGCAGGCUUUACUGGACCAGGCACAGAACCUUGCGAACAACCUCAGCUAUGCUUUUGAUACGCCUACUGGUAUUCCCCACAACAACUUGAUCUUCAGCAACCGCAGCAAUACUGGAGAUACCACCAACGGUCUUGCUACGAUCGGUACUCUGGUUCUUGAGUGGACCCGACUUUCAGAUUUGACUGGUGACGAGACAUAUGGACAGCUCGCACAAAGGGGAGAGAGCUACCUCCUCAACCCACAGCCAUUGCCCUUUGCUGAACCCUUCCCUGGAAUGGUUGGCACGAACGUAGCAAUCGACAACGGAUCCUUUGUUGAUAACUCUGGAGGCUGGAACGGCGGCGAUGACAGUUUCUACGAGUAUUUAAUCAAGAUGUUCGUCUACGAUACGAGCAGGUUUGCUGAGUACAGAGAUCGCUGGAUCCUCGCAGCCGAUAGCAGCAUCCAAUACCUUGCCUCGCACCCCUCCUCUCGUCCCGAUCUAACGUUCCUCGCCGCAUACAAAGGCACCACGACCAUCAAUAGCUCACAGCAUCUGGCAUGCUUCGACGGUGGCAACUACCUCCUCGGUGGUAUCGUCCUGAAAGAGCAGAAGUACACAGACUUCGGCCUUCAGCUGGUCGACUCGUGCGAGGACACCUACAGUCAGACCUUGACCGGCAUCGGCCCAGAGUCUUUCUCAUGGAACACGACUACUCUGCCGGCUAACCAGACGGAGUUCUACGAGAGGGCAGGAUUCUGGAUUACUAAUGGAAACUACAUCUUGAGGCCUGAGGUUAUUGAGAGCUUUUAUUACGCAUACCGUGUUACUGGCGACCGGAAGUAUCAGGAUUAUGCAUGGAGUGCUAUCCAGGCUAUCAACGCUACCACGAGAGUUGGCUCUGGAUUCAGCAGCAUUAACGAUGUGAAUGAGGCUGGAGGAGGAGGUUUCAUGAACUUCCAGGAAUCAUUUUGGUUCGCGGAGGUGCUGAAGUAUUCAUACCUGAUUCACGCUGAGGAUGCAGAGUGGCAGGUGAACUACGAAGGCAAGAACGAGUUUGUUUACAACACUGAGGCGCAUCCCAUGAAGGUUGCUGGCACGCCCAUAUAG